GAGACUACGUAGUCAUGUCCGUUUACUUUAACCUGAGCAGGAGGAUGGGGUAUUUCACCAUUCAGACCUACAUUCCCUGCACACUCAUCGUUGUGCUGUCCUGGGUGUCUUUCUGGAUUAACAAGGAUGCAGUUCCUGCCAGAACAUCGCUGGGUAUUACAACCGUCCUGACAAUGACCACCCUAAGUACAAUUGCUCGUAAAUCUCUUCCCAAAGUCUCCUAUGUGACAGCAAUGGAUCUUUUUGUGUCAGUCUGCUUCAUUUUUGUUUUCUCUGCACUGGUGGAAUAUGGGACUUUGCACUAUUUUGUCAGCAACAGAAAGCCAAGCAAGGAUAAAGACAAAAAGAAGAAAAAUCCACUUCUUCGGAUGUUUUCCUUCAAGGCACCCACGAUUGACAUCCGGCCUCGAUCAGCUACAAUUCAAAUGAACAAUGCCACACACCUCCAAGAAAGGGAUGAAGAAUAUGGCUACGAGUGUCUCGAUGGCAAGGACUGUGCCAGUUUUUUUUGCUGCUUUGAGGAUUGUCGAACGGGAGCGUGGAGGCACGGAAGAAUACACAUCCGCAUUGCCAAAAUGGACUCCUACGCCCGCAUCUUCUUCCCAACUGCCUUCUGUUUGUUUAACCUGGUGUAUUGGGUAUCAUAUCUUUACCUUUAAAAGCAGAAGGAAAGUGGUGAUAUGAGCCUUACUCACUGAAUUUCUUAGAGAGAUGGUUUCCUAACUCCACUUGAAGUAUUUACAACGCGCUUUAUAGUGGUCUGAAUUCUUUAGUGCCAUAACCCCGUAAAUAUCAGCCACGUCAUUUGUCCAAAAGAUUAUUACCGUGAAUUCAAUGUCCAUUCAACAUGCCGAAAUAAUUUGACAUAAAAAGAAUAUAAAGAGGUAAUAUACAGCUAUACUUGCCGGAAAAGAGAGAAACAGAGCAGACAGGGCAAGGGGAGCAUGGCAACAUCACCUCAUAGCUGGUACUGCUGUUUCAAACAGGAGCGACAGAGAGGAGAAUCCCAGGUAAAGUGCUGUACAGUUUGUUAACAUUGGCUAUAAUUAUGCUAUAGCUUUAUUCUCUGUGGGCUUUUCUUUUUGGAAGAGUCAUCUCUCACUUUGAAUAGGUAUUAUUACGCUAGGAAAGUAACUUCUACUCCCACACAGAUAAAAAUAGACCUUUCCCUUUGCCAUCCCUUUAAGAGCACAUGUACAAUGCUGUAAAUAUUUCAAUACCUUGUAGUACAUAAAGUCUAGUGCAUGCAUCUUUUGGGGGCCAAAAUAAAUAAAA